UGCCUUAAAAGAAGUUUCAUUGCUUGAUCAAGGAAGUCAAGGAAGGCAGAGUAUUUUCCAACUUGAGCAAGAGAUUGGUCUAUUAAGUCAGUUUGAACAUGAAAACAUUGUUCAGUAUUAUGGCACUGACAAGGAUGAAUCUAAAUUAUAUAUCUUCCUUGAGCUAGUGACACAAGGCUCCCUAUUAAAACUCUAUCAGAAGUAUGAUCUUAAAGAUUCUCAAGUCUCUUCCUAUACAAGACAGAUUCUGCAUGGACUGAAGUAUCUUCAUGACAAAGAUGUGGUUCACAGGGAUAUUAAAUGUGCAAAUAUAUUGGUGGAUGCAAGUGGAUCUGUGAAACUUGCAGAUUUUGGAUUGGCAAAGGCCACUAAAUUGAAUGAUGUCAAAUCUUGUAAAGGCACUGCAUUUUGGAUGGCCCCUGAGAUGCAGGCCUUGUUUAGAAUUGGGAAGGGUGAACCACCACCUGUUCCUAAUACUCUGUCAAACGAUGCACGAGAUUUUAUCCUGAAAUGCCUACAAGUCAAUCCAAAUAACCGCCCAACAGCUGCUGAGCUCUUACACCAUUCAUUUGUGAGGAGGUCACUUUCGACAUCCUUAGGCUCAGCUUCUCCUUAUCAUGGUAGACAGAAUUGAGAGUUUCUUUCCAUAAAAAAAUUGACUGCAAAAGUAACAGAUCCAUUUGUGGUUGUAACAAGCUAUGUAUUCGAUGAAGAAAGGAAGACAAAACUGUCUUGUUGCAUUGUCUAGAUAGACCUUUUCUUCUUCAGCUUCAACUUUCAAGAGCCCGCAUAUUGGUAUUUGAUUAAAUCUACCUAAAGUUAAGGUUGCUAAGGACAGGACGAGGAUGCAUAUGUUGGUGCAGAAUUCUGCACCAGAGUGCUAGAUGCUCUCAAUUUGGUUGUUUUUAUGUAAUGCCAGUUUGCUAGUGUUACACUUU